UGAACCUCCUCCUCCAUCUCCUUUCAACGAGUCCCCGAUUCCCAUGACGUUGCAUUUCGAGUUCCCAUCCAUCGCCUCAUCCCAUCAACCUCCGCCCGCCCCGUCUGCCGCGCGCAUCUCGCCCCCGGAUACGACAAUGCCCCCGUGUGGAAAUGCUGCAUCUGCCCUCGCAUAGCCGCCGCCGAAUUGCACGCGCUCGUCUCUGAGGGCCGUCCGCCAUGGCGCCCGACGCCUCGAGCAACAUCCGCGUCUUCAUUCGCUGGCACGAGCAGACCGUCUUUGCCGGCGAAGAAGUCAAAUGCACCAUCACCUUCAAGAACGUCGCGUCCGAGUCGAGCCAGUCGAAGCAACCGCCGACGUCUGAGCGCAGUCGCAUCUCCUCGCCGCUUCGCCCCAAGUCCAACCACGGCUUGACCCCGCCGUCGUCGUCGGCUACCUCGGGCAGAGGGCAUCACCGGUCUGCUCUGUCGCUGAGCGUCCCAUCGAGUCGUACUCACAGCCGAUCGGGCUCUGUGCAAUGGCCGGCGCCGUCGAGCAGCACGAGUGACCGCCAUCCGCCCUCUGGCCCUGGCCACGCACAUAAGCGCUCCCUCUCCAUCGUCUCGAUCGGGUCGACCAGCACGAUAGACGACCAUUCCCAACGAAACGAGGCGCCAAUACGGCCGCCGCGACAGGCUCGUGGCCAUGGACGCGCAUCGAGCUUGCAGAUUGCUCCCCGUGGCCAGAACCAGCCGCCCCCUGGGCCCCAGUCGGCGUCCUUCUCGCCGAGGCUGUCAAGUUCUCCCUUAUUUCAUUCAUCAUAUCCUCCUCCCGACCGGUUUGGCCGGAUGUCACGUCCUCCAACCGCGCCCAAUACCCCACGUGUGAGCAAUCAACGUAGGUCACCUCGGUCGUCGCCAAACCUGAUGCCAGAAUUCCGAUUCCCUGCAGCUGCAUCACCGACGCUUGAGGCAUCCCCAAACCAACCGGGUGCGCUAAAUGAGCGCAUGCUUAGCCCCAUUGGACAUACAGAAACUAAUAACUUGGCAAUUCGAUCCAACUCGGUGCCGACCAUUAACGAGCAACCCGCUCCCGCCGCCAGGAUAUUGGCAAGCGGGAUACUCGGAGGAACGCCGCGAAGUAGCGGCGAGUUUUAUUCCGUAAGCAACAACUCUUCAGAAACACUGGUUUCUGAGUACCCGACCCAACCGCCAGCAAGAGGACAUGCGCGACCUCUCCGGCGGAGCAUAGGUCUGCCCCCACCGCAGCCAAAGGCGCCAGAAUCAUUGAUGAUGGGGUACGCUCAACUACAAGGCUCAUUCACACUGGACGGAUCCUUGGUCAGCCUGGGACAAUUUGAGCAAGUCAAGAAGAAGGCAAUUGUGGGCCAGGGUGGCGGUGUCGUGGGUAUAGAUUCUGCGAAACGCGACAGUGGGCUCUUGCGAGGCUUCGGCUGGGGCAAAAUCAGCAGUUCCCUGGGAGACUUCCUUGGUGGAGGCGAACUGAGCACGAUCAAGGAGAUGCGGGGAGUUGCCAACUCGAAAUCGGUCCCACUCCUUACCACCCCACAGUCGAUCUUAUUCGUGGACCUGCAGUUGGUACCUGGAGAGAGUCAGGAAUUUGAAUAUUCAUUCCGGCUUCCAAAAGGCCUCCCCCCAACACACCGUGGAAAGGCGGUUAAAAUAUCAUACAGCUUGGUCGUGGGAACCCAGAGAGUCGGCGGAGCCAAGGAGCAGCAGGUUCGGUCUGUCGAGGUCCCCUUUCGCGUUCUCGGGAGCGUCAACAGUCACGGCGAAAUCCUCGGUCACGACCUCAUGAACCCAUACGUGCUGCUUCGUGACCAGGCCCAGGUUAAGAGUCCCUCCACUAACGGCAAGGAACAAAAGAGCAACGGGGUCAAUGGAGUUAAUGGUCGACCAUCGACGAUCAAUGACUUCUUACUUUACGUGGAUGACCUAGUUUCAAGACCAAGAGAUGAGAGCGGCAGCAUUUUGCUGCCAACUUCAGCCGGCGGAGCUUCUCGAAGACCUUCAGCGUUUGAGGAGGCAACCACUACACAAGAAUCUAUCCACCUCGCCAUCAUGAGAAGCAAUAUGGCAUCUGGAGGGCAGCAGAGCCCCAAUCGAUUUGAGAUUGCACGGAACGGACAGCGAGUCGGAGUAGUUAUGCUCACACGACCGGCUUACCGACUAGGAGAAGUUGUGACUAUGGCAGUCGAUUUCACCGACGCUGAUAUCCCAUGCUACGCGAUGCACUCCACUCUGGAGACGUCCGAAAAAAUAGACCCAUCAUUGGCGGUACGAUCAGAGUCAAGCAUUCAUCGGGUGACGCGCAAGGUCCAUGCCGCGUCAUCGGAGGCAACGCUUUAUACUCGACGGGUCACGUUUAAUGCUACGAUUCCAAUCACGGCAACCCCCGAAUUUGUUACGAGCGGAGUUAGCUUGGACUGGAAGGUCCGGAUCGAAUUCGUGGUGCCUUCACAAGGGAGCGACGAUUCAGAGGGCAGAGAGCGACCAGCUGCUCACCCGCUGCUCGAACAAAUUUCACAAGAUGAGAAGGGGGGCCAGGUACUUGUGGCGGUGGAAAAUCUUGUGUGUGAGAGCUUUGAGAUUGCGGUGCCUCUGCGUGUGUACGGAGCAGUCGGGACGGGAUUGGAGCGACUCGAGCGAGACGAGGCGUCGGAGGAAGGCCUUGCAGUGUAAGGAAGGAGACAUAGAAGCAAGAUGGGCUGUCUGACUGGUGUUGGAUAUGUCAAGUGAAUGGCUUGAUUUACGCAAGAGGUAUAAGAGAGGUUGGUACUCGGGCGUGUUGGGAUAUAGCAUAGCAUUUUAACGGGGCGGGACAGAGGACAGUACGAGACCAUCCUUGAUUAAUAAAGCCGAUAGCAGCU